GAUGGAAUGACGAUCAAGUGGUGGUGGGUUGUUGUCGUUAUUGUCGUUGUUGUGGUUGUGUCGUCUCAGUAUCAGACAAUAUGGCACCCAUAUGACAUCAGCAUUGUUGUGGAAAGGCUCGGGUACUUUAGUUUUCAUUAUUUUUAUUUGAAUUGCUCCAGUAUUCAGAGUGAGGUGCAAAAUGUCACACGUACAGUACGUCGAUGAAUUGGUUAAGGAGUAUCUGCUGUUCAGAGGGUUCAGUCAAACACUCAAGACAUUUGACAAUGAGCUGAAAGCCGAGAAGGAGAAGGGAUUCAGAGUGGAUAAAAUUGUCGAUCAGCUGAUGCAGUACAUUUUCACGUUUGAUCUCAUGUCUCUGAGGGAACUGUGGGGUCAUUUGGACACUAGGAUGUUCUCACGACUUGAGAAUCAUUUUACUCCGGCUGUCAGAAAGCUGGAGAAUGCUGUUUUGAAGAUGUAUCUUGUUAAUGCCACUGUCAAUAAUAAACCUGAGAGGAUUCAGGAGUUUUUCACAAAGCUCACGCCAGAGCUGCAGGGCCACUCAGAGUGGAAAGACUGGUUCGCUUAUCCAUUCAUAAAAAAUCCUGAGGACAAUCCGAUAUAUUCUGUACACUUCAGCAAGCAGUGGCAGGAUACUAUGCUUGUAUCCCUCCAUAACUUCUUGGCUACGAUAUUUCAAUGUAUGCCUCAACCGACAUUGCUCACAAUCGACGAGGAUUCCAACAAGUUGAAACGUCUGCAAGAGGAGAACGAAGCCCUGAAGCAAUGUUUGAGUGAAUCAACAAAAAUUGAGAGUAUUUCCGAUGUCAACCCUGGCUCUACUCCUCACCAUCCACCAAUCAUGGAUGACUUCUAUAUAAUUGCUCAAGAAUCGCCGUUGAUGGAGAAUCCCAAGACUCUGAGGAGUCUAAUAAAAAACAUAGGAGGAGGUUCUAGUCCUAUUCUUCACCGUAAAUCUCUGUCGAGUGCGAAAAAAAAUGGUGAUGACAUAACGUCAACAAAAAGACCGAAUACCAAAGGUCGUGUCAAUUCCUUAAGUAAGGGAGAGCUCGUCAGUAAACGGAGCAUGAGUUGUGAUUCGAGAUUAACGAGAAAGAGAGACUCGUCAGUUGAUCCUGCAAUUGAAAGGAAAACCAAAGACAAGAUUGAGUCGAGUUAUAUUUUACUCAGUCAAGAAGAAUACACAGAGCACAAAACGUCAAUAAUACAAUGUAAAAGUAAUGCCUCUGGAUCUUACGUGGCUACUGGAGAUGCUGAUGGCAUCAUCAAGGUCUGGACGCCGAUACCAUCACCAAAAACCGUCGCGACAUUCACAUCAACUACCUUGACCUCAAACAAAGCAGUGACAUCCCUCGACUGGAUAUCAAAGAACGAGCGUUACUUCCUCCACGGCGAUAACAACGGAUCAAUCCAACUCCACGACACUCGAGACUGCAAGACUCUCUGGGAAAUUCAACACGAGGGCUCCAGAAUUGUCACCCUUCUCUGCAAUCCCACAGAUUCAACAUUCGUCUGCUCUCUGUCUGAUCCCACGGAGGGCAAACUCCUACUCUACGACUUGAAGACAAAAAAAUUGGAAAGAACACUGCCAAUGGAUGGUAACGUGACAGCCCUCUGCUCAGCCUUCAAUCACAAUGGACAAUUGCUCAUAACUGGUCUCUCCAACGGAAAUAUAUUGAUCCACGAUCUCAGGAGAAACGAGAUAAUAGAUAAUUUGAGUUGCCACUCGAGUCCAGUGAUAGAUAUCGAGCUUAUAAAUGACUACACGAAUAUCUGCGCUCAGAGCGAGGAAGGAAAACUCUGCCAGAGGAGUCUCAAUCAAACGGGCAAAGUCAUGUGGGAGACCAAAAUUAAAAUCGAGAAAAAUGCUGUACAUGGGAAACUGUUUACCUUUGAUCAGAGUGGAACUCAUAUGUUACUCUGUACACAGAAUGGUGGCAACAUAUAUAAGAUGCCUCCAGGGACUCAGGCAAAAGUCCUUGAGCUUGGGGGACACAAGGGAACUCUGUGCUGCGACUGGUCGACAGCUAAUCAAUCUGGCACCUGCAUCACAGGUGGAGCCGAGGGUAAGGCUAGAGUAUCGACGUUACUCUCUCCAUGAUACAGGAAUAAAAUGAGCAUGUGUAUAAAUUCCUGAACAUUUGAGGGAAACUGCGCUUUAAUUUUUAAGGAGAUGAAGAUUUUAGGGGUACUGAAUUGUAGAUAUGUCACAUAAUGUAAUAAAAAUUUGUAUUGAAA